AUGGUGUCUAAGGGUGGAAUUUCUGUAGAUCCUGAGAAGAUUAAAGCAAUAACGGAAUGGCCGAUUCCUCGAAAUGUGACUGAACUGUUGAAGAAAGGGAUACAAUUUCAGUGGAAUGAGAGGCACACAAUUGCUUUCGAGGAAUUAAAGAAGAGACUUACUACCGCCCCUGUAUUAGCAAUGCCUGAUUGUAGCAAGCCAUUCGAGGUCUAUUGUGAUGCUUCAUUCGAAGGUCUAAGGAAAGACGUCUCUGAUUUUGUGUCUAAGUGCCUAGUCUGCCAAAGGGUAAAGUUUGAGAGACAAAAGAGUUCAGGGUUGCUUCAACCGUUGUCGGUACCAGAUGGGAAGUGGGACUCGAUUUCUAUGGACUUUGUGGAAGCUUUUGGGAGUAAGUUGUGCUUGAGUACUGCUUUUCAUCCUGCGACAGAUAGUCAAACUGAGAGAACUAUUCAGACUUUAGAGGAUCUUUUGAGAUGUUGUGUGUUGGACUUUGAAGGAACCUGGGAAGAUAAAUUACCGAUGGUGGAGUUCGCCUACAACAACAGUUUCCAAUCUAGUAUUAGGAUGGCACCGUAUGAAGCUUUUUAUGGAAGGAAGUGCCGAGUACCUUUGUGUUGGGAUUUGAUGGAUAGGACCAUUCCCGAAGGUCCAGAUGUGAUUCAGGAAUCCAUUGAUGCUCUGAAGAAUGUUCAACAGAACAUGAGAGCAACAUAG